AUGACCGACAUUAUGAAGCCUGUGGAGGAUGUCGGCACAGUUGUCGUGAAGGAGAAAUUUCUUGAGGACAACCGACUGGCUAUUGCCCAACACAUGAGCACAGAAAAAUUCCUUGAGACUGAGAAGAAGCUAAAGCGAAAGCUCGAUGUGCGGCUGCUGGCUUGUAUAUGGCUCAUUUUGAUACUAAACUAUCUCGACCGGAGCAACAUUGCAACUGCAAAAGUUGCCGGAAUAUCGGACUCGCUGAGUCUAACGAGCACACAAUAUUCCACCGCCGUCGCCAUUCUCUUUGCCGGCUAUGUGUUGAUGCAGCUUCCAUCCAAUAUAUUUCUUGCCAGACUAAGGCAAUCGUGGUAUAUUUCCAGCUCACAAUGCCGGAGGAUUUUAUGCACUUCGGUUUUUGCUGAGGUUCGUGGAAGCUGCGUUCUAUCCCGGAGCGCUAUUCUUGAUUUCAUCCUGGUGCAAGCGCGAAGAGAUGGCUGGAAUCCGCAGGACCUAGACGGGGCCCGCGGUCUGGAGUCCUGGCGCUGGAUUUUUAUCAUAGAAGGCUCGAUCACUGUCUUCAUCGCACUCUGCUCUAUCACCAUCCUUCCAGACUACCCCAGUAAUACUCGCUGGCUCAGUCCCACAGAGCGAGCAGUAGCCGAAUGGCGGCUAAUCUCUGAUGCUGGACAAGUGGACGAGGUCGACGCUGGGUGGCUGUACGGAUUCAAACGGGCCUUCGCAGACUGGCGGCUGCAUAUCUUUGCCUUGACCCUUCUCCGCAUCCAGGUCGCCAGUGCUACAUCGAACUUUUUCCCGACUAUUGUUAAGACGCUCGGAUUUAACUGGGUUGAUACACUUCCGUUGACUGUUCCGCCGUAUAUUGUGAGCGUGAUCCUUAUGGUUCUCAAUAACUGGUCUGCAGACCGGCUUGGAAAUUCUUCGUUCCAUGUCGUUUGGCCCUUGGUCCUAGCAAUCGUGGGAUAUGUCAUUGCGGCUGCCUCGACGAACACUGGUGCACGGUACUUUGCCAUGAUUGCCAUGGUAGCAGGUGGUCAUGGUGCCAAUCCGGUAUUGGUCGCCUGGACGCAAAAGGUCAUGAUACGGCCAUGGCUUUUGUCAAUGCAUCUGGGAAUCUUGCUCAGGUAUUUCCUUAUCAUUUUAUUGAAAUCGGUUGUUCUUUUGCAUGUUUAA